AUGGGGGAUGACGAUGGUGUAUCAGACAAUCAUUCCAGGCCUCAAACAAAAAGCUUCAAGAAAGAUGAGUUGAAGGCCAAGAAGAAGGCAUUCUUGGCAAGAAAAGAAUGUAUAAAGAAGAAGACAAUGGAAUUAUCCGUUUUGUGUGAUGUCAAGGCUUGUGCUGUGAUCUUAGGGCCUGAUGGGAAGAUAGAAACGCGGCCCGAGAAUCGCAGCGAUGUACAGGAUGUGAUCGACUUGUUCAAAAAAGACUGCCUUAAUAACAAGAAGCGAAAACAGAAUAAUAAUGAUCAUGGUUGUAAGAAGAAGCAGGUUUUGGGAGGUGAUGAAGGGGUUGUAGAAGAUUUUCUGAAAAAGGUUGAGAACAAAUUAGAUCAAGUCAAGAAACGGAUAAAGGAGAUUAAGACCAAAGAUCAAGAAGCAGGUUCAGAUAUGGUUUUGUUGUUUGAAUUAAUUUUUAAUCAUGAUAACAAACUCUUUUGA